CUGCGCGGGGGGAGUGUGUUGAUGGGGCUGCACAGAGGCGAAGAUUCGACUCUGUCCCGUGUGGAGGAGGUGCUGGUGAACGAUGGAGACUGGCAUCAUUUGCAGCUGGACAUCAGCAGUCUGGGCGGAGCAAAUCACCACAAAGCCGUAUUGUCUUUAGACCAUGGACUCUACCUGGCGAGUAUGCAGGUGGACGGGAAGCUGCGGGACUCCAAGCUGAAGACUGUGAGCGUUGGUGGUUUGGCAAGGCAUGAUGGGAAAGUUCAGCAUGGCUUCAGGGGCUGUAUACAGGGUCUGCGUGUUGGCGGAGCUCUGAGUUUGUCUCAGGCAAGGAAGGUGAACGUGGAGCCGGGCUGCAGCGUGCCCGACCCCUGCAGCUCCAGUCCCUGUCCUGUCAACAGCUACUGCAGCGACGACUGGGACAGCCACUCCUGCACCUGCCUCAAUGGUUUCUAUGGCACCAACUGCACUGAUGUGUGUUCAUUAAAUCCCUGUGAACACGAGUCGACGUGCACCAGGAAGCUGAGCUCAUCUCAUGGUUACACCUGUGACUGUCCCAGCAGCUACUUCGGCCAUUACUGCGAGAAAAAGACGGACUUACCGUGUCCAAGAGGCUGGUGGGGUCACAAGACCUGUGGUCCCUGUAACUGUCAGACGGACAAAGGUUUUGACUCUGACUGUAACAAGACCAGUGGAGAGUGUCGCUGUAAG